GGCGGGCUUAUCGGCUAUUAUAUUUGCAGCCAGCCUAUCGCCUAUCGGGCAGAAAUACUGGAAUUGUUCAGGUUAGUAUUUUUGGAAUUCCAGUAUUUCUCCUGCGCUAUGUCCGUAUCAAUGGCAUAUUCAAGAAAGGGUCUCACUUCUCCAAUGGGAAAAAGAAGCAGAGAAAUUGCGUGUUAUUUCUUAUUUGGUGCUGUUUACGUUGAUGCUGCGGAGAUGCAAGUAUGCAGCGGCCGGCGUGGCCAGUCAACAUUGGUGCACACACAACUUUUGUGGAGGAGAAACGUGUGCCGCAGUCCGCGUCAUCUAAAGGCUUAUGUUUGUCUGUGUGUGCUUUGUUUAUCUGCUCAUCUCGCCGCCGCAGAGAUGACAUCGUGUGCCAGGCAGCGGCCAGUCUGGCCCGUCCGGCAUGAUGCAAGCGUUCAGACUGUGGCGGGUGAAGAAAUGCGCCGCAGCCCAUCGACGUCUGCAGGAAACGCUCCGUUUUCUUUCUUCCAGACUUGGAACGUCGGUGACUGCCAUCCCGGAUGAUUGCCCAGUGGCCAAGUAAGGAGUCGGAAAAGCAGUGAACGGCAGGCUCGCCAUUGCACUCAGCAGGAGUCCGUAAGGAAGGAUCUGUCCGAGGGAAAAUCGACGUCUCAUAAUUCGCCUAUUGCACAACUGCUGUUGCCGCCGAUGGUGGCGACCGCGUCUCCGCUGUUGCUGCUGCUGGUGGUGCCCGCGUCGCUGCUGCUGCCGCUGCUGGUGGUGACUGCGACGCUGCUGCUGGA